CUAUCUUUUCUUCUUCUUCUUCUUCUUCUUCGUUUUUGUUGACCAUCAGCCUGCCAUGGCUAUCAACACCUUUCCUACUGUAGAAAACUGUGCGUCGAUAGGGAGAGAAAAGGACACAGUGGUUGCCGACAUGGAUGGGACCUUGCUUAGAGGCCGCAGCUCUUUCCCUUACUUUGCGCUCGUGGCUUUUGAAGUUGGUGGCGUCUUGAGGCUCUUCUUCCUGCUCUUGGUCUCCCCAUUUGCCGGCCUUAUCUACUACUUCAUCUCGGAGUCUGCCGGCAUCCAAGUUCUCAUCUUUGCAACUUUCGUUGGCAUGAAGGUGAGUGACAUCAAGUCGGUGGCUCGAGCAGUGCUGCCCAAGUUUUACUCGGCCGAUCUUCACCCGGAGACAUGGCGGGUGUUUUCUUCUUGCGGGAAACGGUGCGUGCUGACGGCCAAUCCAGGAGUGAUGGUGGAGCCGUUCUUGAGAGAUUUCUUGGGAGCUGAUAUGGUGUUGGGGACUGAGAUUGGGACGUUUAAGGGAAGAGCAACAGGGUUUGUUGGCGGGCGUGGCGUACUGGUGGGGAAGAACAAAGCGGAAGCUCUUACAGAAGCUUUUGGAAAAACGAAGCCUGAUAUUGGGCUUGGAGAUAGGCGUACUGAUCUUCCUUUCAUGGCAAAUUGCAAGGAGAGUUACAUUGUGCCAAGGAAGCCAGAGAUGAAGGCAGUGACAAUUGACAAGCUCCCAAAGCCAGUAAUUUUCCACGACGGCCGUCUCGUGCAAAAACCAACGCCCAUCAUGGCUCUCCUCACCAUUCUCUGGAUCCCCAUUGGCUUUCCGUUAGCUUGCUUGCGCAUUGCCGCCGGUGCUCUCCUCCCCAUGCCCUUAGUCUAUUACGCCUUCCGGGCACUCGGCGUUCGUGUCACCGUCAAGGGAAAUCCUCCUCCUCCGGCCAAAAAAUCCACCGGUCAAUCUGGGGUUCUUUUCAUUUGCUCCCACAGAACCCUACUCGACCCAAUCUUCCUCUCCACAGCCCUCGGCCGCCCUAUCCCUGCAGUCACCUACUCCGUCUCUCGACUCUCCGAAAUCAUCUCUCCCAUCAAGACCGUGCGGCUGAGUCGAGACCGAGCCAAGGACGCGUCCAUGAUCAAGAAACUGCUCGAAGAAGGCGAUCUAGCCAUAUGCCCAGAAGGCACCACUUGCCGUGAACCCUUUCUUCUUAGGUUUUCCGCAUUGUUCGCUGAGUUAACAGACCAGCUCGUGCCGGUGGCUAUGGUAAACCGCAUGACCAUGUUUCAUGGAACCACGGCGAGAGGAUGGAAAGGGAUGGACCCGUUUUACUUCUUCAUGAACCCAAGUCCGGCCUAUGAAGUCACCUUCUUGAACAAGUUGCCGGUCGAAUUGACGUGCAGUUCCGGCAAGUCUAGCCACGAGGUGGCCAAUUAUAUACAGAGGACGAUCGCUGCAACUCUUUCGUAUGAGUGCACCAGCUUCACUAGGAAAGAUAAGUACAGGGCGCUCGCCGGCAACGACGGCACGGUGGUUGACAAGUCUAAAAUGGGCAAUAAAGUUAUGGGCUGCUAAUUUAGAAAGUUUGAGUUAUUCUGCUUCGAUUUACGGUCAUCUGUAUUGUGCUUUAAUUACAGUAAAAGCUCUUUUACCAUGAAUUAUUUUUCAUAAUCUAACUCCUGCUGCAGAAACAAAGCUUAAUUAA